CCACAUGUCUGCCUGCUUUUGUGCAACACUCAUUACAUCCGUGAAGCUGAAGUGAGAGAGUGCUCAUUCAGUGCCUCGAUGCCCUGAAUGUCGUAGAUGUGUGGUAGUAAUACAAUAAUUCCAAGGUUGGCAUUCGAUGAAAGUGGCCCUCGUGGAAGACUACACUUGACAACGAAUGCAUCGUGGUAUUUCGUGUCGUCAUAAACCAGUGGUCGGGGAACUAUCCGCUUGUGCACCUGUGUCUCGUGCGCGAGAUUCAAGAAACCAUCCAAUGCUUCACCUUCAGCUUUUGAUUGCGAACAUCCACUCCGAUUUGAAGUCUAUCACGAUGAUGACCCCUGAAAAAGGCGUUGAGAACGACCCUCCAUGCCAUGCGCAAGCUUGUUCAAUCCAAGCUUGUCUGCAGAAAAGCAAUUACAAGGAGGAGAAGUGCCAGAAACAAGUUGAUGCACUGUACGAGUGUUGCAAUCUUUUCUACCAAAAAGCAGGAGACGAUGGAUCGUCCGUUGAAGAUGAAGCAACGGAGUCAAUCCACCUGAGGUUGGAUAUCGAGAAGGGCAAACAAGGUGCCGCCAGAAAGAAAUGUCACGUCAACUUUGCGAUCUUGCAUUCCCUUAAAUCGGAACGCAAGUUAUAUAGCAGCCGUGCUUGAUAUUAGACUGCCGGAGCACGCUAGGAGGCCUCGAUGGACCUGUACAAACACUGAAAGUUCGCACCGAGACUCUAAUGGUAGCCUGUAAAGACAUUGUUGAGAGAAAGGAAAAGAGAAGGUGUACAGAGUCUGCGAAAUUUGAUACAGGCUCGAAUUCGGCGGGUGGUGGACUUAAUUAUUGGCUGGCGCAGAAGUCGUG